ACCACCACGCUGCCUCACAGAUUUAGAUGGAUGUCUGAGGCGCGCAUCUUUUAACGGGUGGUUUAUUAUUUCUGACGCUAGGACCUUGGACGGUGAUGGAGGUGGCAGCUAAUUGCUCUCUGCGGGUGAAGAGACCUCUGUUGGACCCCCGCUUCGAGGGUUACAAGCUCUCUCUCGAGCCGCUGCCCUGUUACCAGCUGGAGCUUGAUGCAGCUGUGGCAGAAGUAAAACUUCGAGAUGACCAAUAUACACUGGAACACAUGCAUGCUUUUGGGAUGUACAAUUACCUACAUUGUGAUUCAUGGUAUCAAGACAGUGUAUACUACAUUGACAGCCUUGGAAGAAUUAUGAAUUUAACCGUGAUGCUGGAUACUGCAUUAGGAAAACCACGAGAGGUAUUCCGACUUCCUACAGAUUUGACAACAUAUGAUAAUCGCCUUUGUGCAUCUAUGCAUUUCACAUCAUCCACCUGGGUUACCUUGUCAGAUGGAACUGGGAGAUUGUAUGUCAUUGGAACAGGUGAACGUGGAAAUAGUGCUUCUGAGAAAUGGGAGAUUGUGUUCAAUGAAGAGCUUGGGAAUCCUUUUAUCAUAAUUCACAGUAUCUCUUUGCUAAAAGCUGAAGGACAUUCAAUAGCUACCCUACUUCUUCGAAUAGAGAAAGAGGAAUUGGAUAUGAAAGGAAGUGGUUUCUAUGUUUCUUUGGAAUGGGUCACUGUCAGUAAGAAAAAUAAAGAUAAUGUAAAGUAUGAAAUCACUAAGCGUGAUAUUCUUCGUGGAAAGUCAGUACCACAUUACGCCGCUAUUGAGCCCAAUGGGAAUGGUCUGAUGAUUAUUUCCUACAAGUCCUUCAAAUUCAUUCCUGUUAGUCAAGAAUUUGAAGAAAAUACGGAUAAAGACGUGUCAGAGAAAAACAAAGUGAAACCUUUGUAUUAUUGGCAACAAACCGAAGAUGAUUUGACAGUAACAAUACAACUUCCAGAAGACAUUACCAAGGAGGACAUUCAGGUAGCGUUUUUACCAGAUCACAUCAGCAUUGUGCUGAAGAAUCUCCAGGUUUUGGAAGGAAAGCUCUACUCAUCUAUUGAUCAUGAAAGCAGUACCUGGAUAAUUAAAGAGAAUAAUAGCUUGGAGAUUUCUUUGAUUAAGAAGAAUGAAGGACUGCCAUGGCCAGAGGUAGUAGUCAAUGAUAAACAAGGGGAAUUUAUCAGGGACCCAGCCCAAUGUGCUGCAAUAGCUGAACGUUUGAUGCACUUGACCUCUGAUGAACUGGUCAAUCUUGGAGGCAACCAAUACCUCUUCUCUGUCACAGUGGAUCCUAAAGAGAUGCCCUGCUUCUGCCUGCGCCAUGACGUUGACGCCCUCCUCUGGCACCCACGCUCCAGCACAGGCGAGGAUAUGUGGGAACACAUCGCAACAUUCAAUGCUCUAGGUUAUGUCCAAGCAUCAAAGAGAGACAAAAAAUUUUUCACCUGUGCUCCAAAUUACUCCUAUGCAGCCCUUUGUGAGUGCAUCCGACACGUGUUCAUCUACCGGCAGCCCGCACCCAUGCCCACCGUGCUGUACAAUAGAAAGGAAGGCAGGCAUGUGGGACAGGUUGCUAAGCAGCAAGUAGCCAGCUUGGAAACCAAUGAUCCUAUUUUAGGCUUUCAGGCAACAAACGAGAGAUUAUUUGUUCUAACUACCAAAAACCUCUUUUUAAUAAAAGUAAAUACAGAGAAUUGAUUUCUCUGAUACAUGGGCUUCUCUGUACUGGAAAGUAUUCAGUGGUAGCUGGUUAUACUGUAAUCUAUUAAAUUUGAAUGUGUUAAAUAAAAAUAUCUUAUGAUUUUUUUAAUUUUUAAAGAUAUUAAAAAUGUAUUAAGAGAUUAUGAUUCUCUAAAACAUAGGAAAUGAAGCUUGAGAUUUGAGAACACUGGCUUCUAUAAAAAAUAAUGUUGGCAAGUAUGCUUAUUUUUUGAAAACAAAGAUGAGAAUCUUAUCUUUUUUAUGAAAUGUACAGUUAAAUAUUUAGAAAUAUUUGCUGUAUACUUUGUUCAUUAAUUAUGUUGUCACAGUCUAUACCUAUAGAAUAUUCUAGGGUAACAGUUACAAGUGUUGACUAUAACUAGUACUUAAAUGGACUGAAUAAUUGAAUCUACAUAGAAAGGGGAAUUUCAAAUGUCUAGCAAAUCUAAUCAUAACAUCUGCUAAAAGACCUUAAUUUUUUAAAUUAAACAUAGCUUUAAUUUUUAUCUAUUGUAUACAACACAAAUUAGGCUCUGUACUUUAUUAUCCAUUAUUCAUAACAAAUUGCCCCAAAACUCUGGUUUUUAAACAAGAUUUAUGAUUUUUCAUAGUUCUGUGAGUUGAACACAUCUGCUCUGCAUGGUCUCUUAAACCUCCAUGAGGCUAAUUGGGCUUCUUCCCAUGAUAGUGAAAACCUAAGAAGGCAGGCUGCACUGUACAAAAGCUUGCCAUGCCUGUUCUGUCAUUGUUAUAGUAAAAAAAUAAAUAAAAUUUAAAAAUUGCUAAUAAGUCAUCGCCAUCAGGCAGAGUCAGUCACAUGGCCAGAGACUGUGAGGGGCUGCACAGGGAUACAGAUCACAGGAGGUAUGAUUCACCCGGCGCCCUUAACAGCAGUCUGCCACACAAGGAAAAACUGUAAUAAAUUCUGCUUAUUAAGUAAGUCUUUUUUCUGAAAGUUUAAAGAAAGUGAUUAUGUGUAUACGUUAAAUUAUUUCACCAUGAAUUUCAGUUAUUCGUAUGUAUACUGUUUUCCCAGGAUUUUAGGUUUGGGGACUUUUUUGGCUUUUGUAUUUUGCAGUACCAAAGGUUGAGCCCAGUGAGUGCUGAGCUAUAUCCCCAGCCCCCCUUUUUGUGUUUCAUUUUGAGACAGGGCCUUGCUAAGUUGUUCAGUUGGCCUCAAAUGUCAUUCUCUAUGCCUCGUCCUCCUGAGUAGAUGGUAUUUCCUGUGCAUGCCACUGUCCCCAGCUUUCCAGGUAUGUAUCUUAUGUAAACCUCAAUAUGGUUUCCAUAUUUUAAUAAGGAAGUUAAGACCUUAUUCAAGAAACCAAAAAUGAAGAUUAAAAACUAGAAAUUAGAGAAUACUUGCUCUUAAAAGGUUUUUUAUCUAUCAGGGCAAGUGUUUUGCUGAAUUAAAUUUUAAUGAAAGAAGGAAAAACAGUGUUGAGAGACAGAAAAAGAGGAAAGAGGUAUAUAUUUCAUGCAUCCAGUGAUACUGAACCUUUGGGAGCCCUCAGUGAUAAAAACAGCCUGUUGUGUGCUAUAAGUUCGCCCCCAUUGCAGUUUCCUAGGGGAAAGUUAAAUUGCUCAGAGAUACGUUAUUGAUCUCUACCCCACACACAUUUCUGUUCAGAGUAAAAUAUUGGGCUUUAGCAUAUGAAAAAUGUCAGUCAACUUCAAGAUUGGAAACUUACAGAUUUACUUCUAGCUUCUGUCUUUGUGCAGGGGCCAUGCUAAUCUUCUCUGUAUCGUUCCAGUUUUAGUAUAUGUGCUGCUGAAGCGUGGACUAGCUUCUGUCUUUGGUGCCAAAGAAGUUGCUUUCAAAUUUCUUUUCGUAAUACACAGUUUUGAGGAGUCACAAAGCUAUUUUUCUAUGAAAAAAUUUGUCUCCUUUUAAAAAUGUUAUUUAUUAAUCCCCUAUUUUCAUUUUUAAAUUUAUCAGUUAAUUUACCAUAAAAUCAAAUGUUAGAACAUAGACUCUAGAGCAUAGUUACACAAUGAAAAAUGUUCAUGAAGUCAGACUCAUGGGUAUAAUGAGCUAAAUUGAAUUAGAACUUAAUGACUCACAUCACAUGAAGUUCAAGGAUAGAUCUGGUUUUAAGUACUGCUAGAUAAGGACCACAUGACAUAAUCAAGGCCCGUUUUCUGCUGCAGCCACUUGGUGCCAUCCUUCUGUUGGCUCCAUACUUUGAGAAGUUCUUGCCUUGCUUACUUGUGCUCAUACCAGUAGCAAGAUUUGUCUUAGAGCAAAUGCUCUUUGUCAGUCAUUGGUUCUAAAUAGGUCAAGUGCCAUUUUUGAGGCAAUCACAUAAUGAGGUAUUUUGCAUUUUCCGUUAUGUCCCAAUGAAACACAUAACAUACUAAUACAAGAAACUAGAAGAAAUUAAUUUUAUAACUUCAAAAAUAAAGAAUGCUGGGCUGGGGAGAUG